AUGAUAUUACCAAUUGAGCAAUCGUCUUACGGUGAAAUUCAAAGGAUAGGCAUGGCUUGAUCAGACCUAAUACAGAGUAACCAAAAAUGGACGCGACAAUUUUUUUCAAACAGCUGGCAAAUGUUUAGAUAACACAAAGAUAUUAUCUCACUAUCACCAUUCCUAAUUCUUCCACAUUCCUAAUCGAGGUAAAAGGUACACCGCCACGUGUGUUGCAAGAGGAUUAUCAAAAGAAGAGCAAUUUGUACGAGUACACAACACAAACAACCAUUUUAUUGGAUUGCGUGGAAGACGCAACAGAGCCGGAAAGAGAGCUGACAGAUGUGCUCGGUCGGAUGCUUUGUGACGGAACAUGGAUAGUAACAACAAGGCUACAAUUUGAGCGGCACGGUUAUACAGGUGUAACUGCCAGCAAAGCACUUGAAGUUGGAGGGAAAUUUUGA